UGUAAAUCUUUGAGAUAAGGUACUACCAUUGGUGAGGGCAAAGAACAUGCAGCUCGUAAGUUUCUGACAGUUUGUUCUGACUCUUAAAAGACGGCUAUCUCAAAUAAACGGGCCGAAGUAGACGCUAGAGUUCCUCCGAUGACAAAACGUUCCUAUUGUUCGAUAAACUGAUCAUGGAUCCGAAUAAGAAGGAGGACAUUAACGGUUGGUGCUCGAAAACGGAACCGUUUUUAGGACAUAACAACGAAAAUCCUGUAAAGGAUCAGAAUAAUGAAGAGAUAGUUCAAACUUCUCAAGAGGGGAAAAAACUCUUUCAAUAUAUCAUCACCUUGAGCGCCAGUCUGAUUGGUAUGCAAAGUGGUAUGACAUUAGGAUGGACAUCACCAAUUUUACCAUUUCUCAAUUCGAAAAGAUCCUUUAUUCUUUCACUAACGGAAGACGAAACUUCUUGGAUAACAUCGUUAUUAGCUUUGGGAGCGAUACUAGGAGCGGUACCGGCCGGAAAAAUAGCUGAUUUUUUUGGUAGAAAGUUAGCAAUGGCUUUAACAGCAAUACCCUUUUUGAUAUCAUGGAUCACAUUAAUCUUCUCAAGAAAUAUUAUUGGUGUAUAUGUGGCUCGUUUCGUUGGUGGUAUUGGUUCUGGAGCUGCUUGUGUUUUGGUACCAGUUUACAUCGGUGAAAUAGCUCAAGCAUCGAUCAGAGGAAUGCUUGGUACCUUUUUUCCACUUUUGUUUUCAUUCGGCAUAGUUUUCUCUUAUGUGAUGGGUGCCUAUCUUUCUUACACGAGCUUCAACGUAUCUUGUUGUUUUGUAUUGACCAUAUUCCUCGUGAUAAUUGUGUUCCUUCCGGAAUCACCGAUGUGGUUGGUGCAUCGUGAAAAAAAAUCACAGGCUGUCAAAGUCCUCAAGAUAUUACGUGGAGUUAAUUAUGACGUUAAAGAAGAAAUAUCCACGUUGCAAGACGAGGCAGACAGACUAGAAGCUAAAAGAGGAGGUAUCAUGGAUCUUAUCGGUACAAAAGCUGGACGAAAAGCUUUCGGUACCUGUCUUGGUCUGAUGUGGUUUCAACAGAUGUCUGGGAUCGAUGCUGUAUUAUUUUACACAGUUAGAAUAUUUCAAAAUGCUGGUAGUACGAUCGAACCAUUCGUUGCGACCAUCGUUAUUGGCCUAAUCGAGGUCAUAAUGACGAUUUGUGUCGUUCUAAUCAUUGACAGAUUCGGAAGGAAACCUUUGUUGGUAAUUUCUGGUGUAGCAAUGACGUUAUGUCUCGGUGUCCUUGGAUAUUAUUUUAAAAUAAAAGCCGACGGUAAGGACGUUCUUUUUCUUGGCUGGCUACCGUUGACGUGUCUUUCCUUAUUCAAUGUCGUAUUCUCGAUCGGCUAUGGAUCUGUACCAUUCGCGAUGAUAAGUGAACUUUUUCCACCCGAGACUAAGGGAGUAGCCAGUAGCAUCUCUAUUAUGGUACAUUGGAGUCUGGUAUUUGCCGUGACGAAGCUCUUUCCAAAGAUGGAAAACGUCCUGGGAGAAGCUACGACGUUUUGGACCUUCGCUUGUUUCACUGCAUUGUCCGCGGCCUUCGCCUUCUUUUUUGUCCCUGAAACGAAAGGGAAGACUCUUCAGGAUAUUCAAAAGAAACUGGAACGAAAGCGUAAGCUGAUCAAAGACGUACAGUCUGUCUGAGGAGUCUCACUCUCUUUCUCUCUCUCUCUCUCUCUCUCUCUCUCUCUCUCUAUCUAUCUAUCUA